CUCGUACCGAGUGUGUGACAUGUGUCAAGAGCAAAAAUGUCGUCGAACACUGAUGACACGAAUUUAUUAGCGCAAAAUAAUAAUUUAAUUUAUAAUAGUUUUGACUGGAAACCAAUCACAUUUACCCAUGUUGAAUAUCCAAAAGGUGACCUUUUCGGCCAAUUAUUGGCGUGGAUUAGUUUGGCGCCAAUGGGAAUUGGAGCUGGUUUCGUUACACUAAUUCUGUUUCGUAGAGAUUUGCAUACAAUAGCAUUUUUUAUUGGAACCUUAGUAAAUGAAGUUAGCAAUAUAAUAUUAAAGCAUUGGAUUCGAGAGCCCAGACCAAUCAAUCGGGUACAUAUUGGAACGGAAUUUGGAAUGCCAUCCAGUCACUCACAAUUUAUCUGGUUCUUUUCCACAUAUGUCACUCUAUUCAUUUUCAUAAGGCUGCAUCACAUUAAUAAUAACACCUUAUUGCCGCUGGAGCGUGCCGGCCGAUUAUUAGUUUUAGUGUCAUGUUGGUGUUUGACGGCGCUAGUGUGUUUAAGUAGAACAUAUUUGCAGUACCAUACAUGGAAUCAAGUGAUUGUCGGCUCAUUGAUUGGCAUCAUCACUGGAUUAUUGUGGUUUACAUUAACUCAUCUAAUUUUAACACCGUUAUUUCCAACGAUCGUAUCAUGGAAAUUAUCGGAAUAUUUAUUGCUGAGAGAUACAACACUGAUACCAAAUAUUUUGUGGUUUGAGUACACGGUGACGCGACAAGAAGCUCGAGCACGAACUAGAAAAUUAAUCAAGAAGUGACAUCGUUGGCCCUAUUGAAUGGGGCUCAUUUUCACAACAACAUUCGACAGAGAAAGAAAAAGACAUACACACAAUAAUUUCAUUCAUUUGUCAAUCAUCUAAAUGAGCGUCGACAGUUUAUUUUUUUUUUUCUCGUAAAAUUAAGUUUUGCAUUCUACAUUUUGAGAUUGAACGAACGUGCAUGAUUCAUUUUAAAUCGAAAUCAUUUAGAAAUGUACUGACCGAGCCUAAAGAGUAGAAAAUAUAACACAUUAACAAAGGCCACAAGCAAUAAAAUUAACAGUUUUAUUCGAAAAAUACAAAGAGAAAAACCAUUCCCCGGACAAAAAAUGAAUCAUUCACAAAUCACUUUUUCACUGCCUAUAUUAUUGAGAAUCAAACUGAAGACCCCUAACAACAACCACAAUCAAUAAAAUCGAAAUAGAGUCGCUAGAAAACAAUAGAAUCGUUUUUUGUCCAACAAAUAAAAUGUCUUCAUAAAAAUGUGCAUCAAACUGCACCCGUUAAACAGCAACAUUUGUUAGUGCAAUUUUGAGAAACAUACAAAACAAUUUAAAAUAAUUCCUCGAAUUUUUAAAACCUCUUUUUACUUUGAUAAACGUCCCAUUUUAUGAAAGAAAACACAAAAAUUUAAUUAAAAUUUAAAUUAAACGUAACUCAUAUUCUAAUCUUAAUGCGACAUUUUUAGAUUUGUUUAAGAUUUGUGUAUUAUGUUUUUCUUUGUCUAAACUAAUUAGAAUUUUAUGAAAAUUGAAUACGCACACUACUUUUGAAUUGGCUAAGAAAACCCAUUGGGUGCACUCAUUAAAGCGCACACUCAUUUAAA